AUGUCGAGCAACCUAUCGUUCCUGGUCUUCAGAAAGGAUCCAACCCCACGGCCAAUAGAAACCAGUCGGUAUCCUGAAACAGUCAAGGAGAACAUAAGUCGGUAUAAGAAAUUCUCCUGCGGAGACUGGGCAUGGGGUAGUUUCGCCGCCCGGUGCAACCAUGAAUAUCGAAUGGGCGAGACUUGCGGCAUGAAACUUGUUCACAGCACCGAAAAUAUCCAAACGCAAUGUAAACUGUGCGAGAAAAUCGACACCAAAUGCCGCCGACGAAACACAGAGGUCGAGAGGCUCGCACGGUGGCAGCGGGAGGGCGGCACACUCAAGGCGUCAAUGGAAAAAAGCAGUGCUGAGAUCAGGGCGCUAGAGGAGGAGAUCCGGCAGUUGGAGUAUGAGAGGCUGAUGAAACAGAAAAACAUUGGAAAGUAAACUGGCUGACGAAAAGAGGCGCCGGGAACACCAGCCGUAGACGACAUGAUGGAAUGUCCCAGGUUUAAAAAAAAAAAAAAGAUAUGAGCCACCUCAUUACCUUUUGUUAUCACACUUCAUGUUUCAUGAUCACUGUUAUUUCAUAACAUCCACUUGGUUCUAAUGAUUUCGGGUCUGUUUUAUUUGAUUUUCAUUUGAUGGUUAUUCCGUUAGGUUAUGUGUUGGGGGAAAAAUGGUUGCUUCUGGGGCCUGGAACGGCGGCUGGUGUAGGACAUGGUUGAGGAAAUCGGCAUUCAGUAUUCGGGCUUAGCGUUUGGAUCCUUUUGAUUAAGGGCUCUUGUUUGCCAAUGAAUUUAUAAGUUUUUCGCAUUCUGCCCACACUAUUUAUGAAUCCAACCAUUAAGCGCCCUGUAUCAUCUGAGCGAGGUGACCAGGAGGGGAGCUGCUUUGUCGCCCAAUGGUUCAAUAAAUUUCGCCCCGCUAGCGCGAAAAAAGUAACGGAGGGACAAGGUUAGACGUAGGAAAGGUAUAUCACAUAAGCA